AUGGUUCUCUCUUGGAUGAUGAAUUCCAUGCACAUAGAUAUCUCUUGUAGUGUUAUGUACUGUGAAACUGCAAGAGAAGUCUGGAUUGAAUUGAAGAACCGAUAUUCACAAGGCAAUGCUCCCAAGAUUUACAAUCUUCAGAAGGAAAUCUCUCACAUAUGUCAGAAUCAGUUAACUGCAGCAGAUUACUUCACAAAGUGCAAGUGCCUCUGGGAUCAAUUGCUCAAUUAUGAUUCACUUCCAGAGUGUUCUAGUGGAGCUAUGAAAGCCCUAAAUGAUUGUCACGAUAAUUCAUAUGUCAUGAGGUUCUUGAUGAGUCUAAAUGAGAGUUUUUCUACAAUUCGAAGUCAGAUCCUAAUGUCCAAUCCUUUACCAUCUAUGGGAAGAAUGAAGCUACUACUAUGUAUGCAAACUCCAAGUUCAAUUCUGGAAAUUAUAGCAAUUCUGGAAAUUAUAGCAAUUCUAGAAAUUCUGGAAACAAAGGAGUCCUUUGUCAAAGGAGGCAAUCGAAAGGAGAGAAACAUGCUUGGUCAUAUUGUGGACAAGUGCUAUAAAAUACAUGGCUAUCCACCUGGGUAUAGGGCAAAAGGAAAAUCCUGUUCCAGUGCUAAUCAAGUUUCCAUUGUUGCACCAGUUUCCAAUUCUGCAUAG